GGUCGAGUUAAAAUCUUUUCAGCAAUUGGUGAUUGCUUGGCGGCACAAAGUAGAUCUUCUUUGUCAAAAAUGCAAUCGUUAGUUCCAAGAAAGCAUCGGUUGUAAGCGUUUUAUCUUGGUAUCUGGUGUCGGAUCGAGUUUACAUCGGUGAUGUCCGUAUGGAGCGACAGCAUGGUCCCCGCUCAAUCGUAGCCCGAUUUCCACGCCUCUCCAAAUCAACCCCUCUGAGUAGGUAAGUAGAUUUACCUACGGGAAUAUGGUAGUUCUGUAUUUCAUUUCUGCGUAUUUCUGCGCGAGUACGUUGACUCAAGCUCACCGAGGAGUCGGGAAACAUCACGCCUAUGCAAUUGUCCACACUCCACAGAAUCAUAGUUGGAAGUGUAGCAUAUCAGGUGUUUGUUAAACGUAGACUCAAGCAAGUGUACACACACCCACCACGUCUAAGAGGACCCAUAUAAGGCAUCGUAGUCUGGUUUGAACUGCAAAUCGCUAUUCAAUCACGCAGUAGAUACAACACCUGGAAAAUGAUUGCUCCGGCUUUACGCUGUGGAAAGUCGGGUGUGCGCCUCGCAUUAUGUGGCUGUGUCGCUCUGUGGUUUAGCACCAUAUCCGCCUUUGCCUAUGAUACGGAUGAACUUGGCAUCCGCAUCAAAUACGGAAAUAUACGUUAAGGCAGACAGCUUAUUGCGUUGUCUAGUCGCGUUUCUUGUUAGAAGCCUCUAUUUUGAAAACAUGAAUCCAUCUAUAGUGUACUUAAUUUUCCGAGCCGGAAUAUUGCGUCCGUGUAGGGCGAGCAAGAGCAUUUGUUCAACAUCUCAUUGUAAUUCUAAUCAUGUGGUUUUGCUCACCUGAGUAAUUCCGGAGCCACGAAUCUGAUUGACGUCCCCAGAAACCAAUCUUUUUUGGAAGCAGCGCAUGAUAUGACCGGAACCAACCUUGUUGACGAUGAUUUGGCGAAUCUUAUCGUACAAAAUCGAGUUAACGCGGGAACGACCAAUGAAGAGAAGUUUUGUGUGAAUCACCAGGCGCCAUUGCAAGUCAAGUAUACGAUGAGCAGUGGCUGGAGGUCGCACAACUACUGGACUCUGUCCUAUCCGGAGAGUGGAUAUGUUCAGCAGGGGACGGAUGCAAAUGAGCACAUCUACUACAACAAGGAUAAGAACUUCCAGGGGGUUGAUGAAAAGGGGAGUGAUAUGAAGUACGACAGACCGAAGCUUUUCGACGCGUGCGUGACACUCAUUACGGUACGCUUACCGAAUUUUGCUGCUUGUUCAGGAAAUCAUUAGCAUAAGCAUAUAUGGAACUAUAAGAAGAAUAGGAGAACUGAGUAGCUUUUUUGUUCGGAUGGUUCACCGCGCAGAGUCCUGUUUCUUGUAAGUGGUCAUCGCCUCAGCCUGACGGCGCUUCAUUUGCUGCUGCCGGUUUCUCUUCGUUAACGUCUCCUAGGAAAGCAUGGCGGGGCUCUCAUAUUUCGUGAAAUAUACACAGAUACAAAUUGUACUCACUAGAAACAUUCCAAUUAUCAGCUAGGCAGUUAUGAAGCUGGCACAGAAUACAUGUCUCGAGAAGCACCAACAGUCGCAGAGGACAGCAAUACAACUGUAGAGGGAGUACCGACCACUGAACUAGCAACGUGAACCAUGAUCCCAAAUUUUGUUGCAAAUCCUUGAUCUUCAGGCGCGUGACCUGGAGUCACAUCUGCAGCAGGGGUUGGACAAGCCAGCGAAAGAUACGAAAUUUCUACCAGAUGAGCUGGUAAAGAAUGCUCCGGGCAAGGACGGCAAAAAGACUGGUACAAUCAGCGAUAAGGACAUCGUUCGCUUUACCAUCUGGGACCAAGCAAAGGCGGGCAAAACCUGGACGAAAGCGGCUCAGAAUGCGGCUGGCGCUGUUUUUGUAUUAUAGUACCUACUCUUUGGCGUUGUAGCUUGUGACAACAUAGUCGUCUUACUCACGAUUUGUCGAUGGAGUAUAGAUCUCCUCCUUUUGUUCCUCCACUUAAGCAGCGCCUCCCUAGCGGGGUCGACCUGCUGGAGUGUGGUGUGGGCGUGUGCUACUUGGUAUUUGUGGUUCCCUCAGGUGAGUGGAUUAAGCGCAAAGACCUUGACUCAGCUCGGGGCUUUCGGCAGGUCUAUCGUUUGAUUCGUGAUCUUUUAGCUCUUGACGUUGACAAUAGGGACUUUGAUCCUGCUGCUAUCUACGGGGAGCGCGUGUCUGAGCGUCAAGGCGGGCAGAUGCGCGCUCGGUGGAUCGAUUGGCCUGAGCUUGUCUGCGGGUGUUAGGAGGAAUCUGGAGACAGACGAUGCUCUACGACAAACGGGGCGACUUUUGUUUUACGGUGAACCUUUUCCCCUAUAUGCGUAGCAAUGCCCAGCGGGAGACUGUCCUUCCUGUUGCUGGGGGGCUCUUUUGCGCGUCUUUCGGUGCUGCGAUAAUUAAGGAAACCUGUCACGCGCGUGCGGGGAAGGGUCUUCCUAUUUACUGCAUUGACAUGCCCGAAAAAAGUGCAAGAAAAUCGCCACCGCAAUAGGGUGGAAGGAGUCGAAAAAGUUGCAAAAGACGCCACCGCGCAAAAGCUGCCAAAAACUGCAAGAAAACCGCAGGCGCGUCUGGGUGUUUCGGUUGGCUUUUCAUGGUGUUCGUGUAUUCACCGCCGGCGGCUCCGCUUUUUGCGUGCUUGUCGUGUCUCUCUUCCCUGGCGGCAGUCGGGUGGUUCGUUUGCGUGGUUUGUGCUUGUCCGCUUGCCCUUGGCGCCCGGGGGUCUGGCGUGGGACUUACGGAACGCCGCAGAGCUGUUCGUGACGCGUGACGCCCACCGCGUGGCUCCGAGAGCUUCGGGGGGGAGGCGAGGCGCCUGGGCUCAAUUUCAAGCGUGACGCAGCACGCAACGAACUCGCGCGAUGUGCUUCCCGUGUCACGCGGCGGCCGGCGCGUGGUCCGUGGAUCUUUGAGCGAUCCGGGGGUCUUUGAACGGUCCGCGGGUCUUUCAUCGAUCCGCGGACCUUUCACGGAGCCGCGGGCAUUUGAUCGACCCGCGGACUUUUGGUCGAUCCGUGGGCCUUUCAUCGAUCUGCGGGCCCUUGAUCGAUCCACGGCCCCGUGAUCGGUCCACGGAUUCUUGGCUGAUCCGUGGACCCUUGGGCGAUCGAUCCAUGAGUCCUUGGUCGAUCCGUGGACCCUUGGCUGAUCCGUGGGCCCUUGAUCCAUUCGCGGGCCCUUGAUCGAUCCGGGAAUCCUUGGCCGAUGCGUGCGUGGGUCACUGAUCAACCCCCGGGCCACUGAUCAACCCACGGGCCACCGAUCAAUCGAUCCACGGAUCACCGGCCGAUCCGUGGGCCUUUGAUCAAUCCACGGAUCACUGAUCAAUCCGCGGGUCUUUGAUCAGUCUGCGGAUCACUGACCAAUCCGCGGAUCACUGAUCAAACAGCGGAUCGCUGAUCAAUCCGCGGAUCACUGACCAAUCCGCGGGUCACUGAUCAGUCCGCGGAUCACUGAUCAGACGGCGUUGCCUGGCCAGGUCUGUGUAAGUAAGUGUCGCUGACGUUCUGGCCUCAGCGCCUGGGGAUCUGGCUGCCCGUUUGUUCUGUUCGUGUCUGUGUGUUAGUUUUUCUCAUGAAUCACGACGGCAUGGCGUUGGCCAGGUCUGUGGGGAUGUCAUUGGCAACGUGGCCUCUGCGCCUGAGGAUCUAGCCCGCUCGGCUCUUACAUGUGGCGGCGUGGCCUGUAGCGUCGUGACCUGCAGCGGCGUGGCAUGUAGCGGCGUGACAUGGUGACGGCGUGACAUGGUGACGAAGCGACAUGGUGACGGCGUGGCAUGUGGCUGCGUGUGAUUGGCCAAACUGCAUACUAGUAAGCUUUGAACUAAAGGCAGGGAUAUUGUGGCGUGCGCCUGCUUCUACGCAGUCGUCUGUCUUUCGCUCACUCGGUAAGCCUGUUAUCUUUGUCCCCCGCCCUGAAACUGAAGACGCAAGAACUUGGCGAGGGAUUCUCUUCAAAGUGCUCAAAUUUGCACGGCAAAAGCAAGAGGCCCAAGGGAUCAAAAGGACGAAGGCGAGCGUGCUUCUUUGGUGUUUUUCUGUGGCGAUCGACCGCUAAGCAAAUGAACAAAUUAGUAGCACCACCUUCGUCGUAUCAGCUGCUUCCUCCCAAAUGGCGUAGCGCCUUUUGUGCCAUGGGUAUUUUCCUCCUACCACCUCUACGGUGGAUGUGCUUACUUAUUUGCGCUGUGCUCAUUGUGUGGGCAAGCCGCUCUCUUACUGCGUGACAUGCGGCGGCGUGACAUGUGGCGGCGUAACUUGUGACGGCGUGACUUGUGAGGGCGUGAUUUGGGCGGGCGUGACUUGUGACGGCGUGACUUGUGGCGGCGUGACUUGUGACGGCGUGACUUGUGACGGCGUGACCUGUGGCGGCGUGACUUGUGACGGCGUGACUUGUGACGGCGUGACUUGUGACGGCGUGACUUGUGACGGCGUGACUUGUGACGGCGUGACUUGUGACGGCGUGACAUGUGACUUGUCACCUGUGACGGCGUGACGCGUGACGGCGUGGCGUGGGGCGGUGUGUGGGUUUGGUGGUGUGUUGUCUAUGCGGUGGGUGAGGGGUCUGCGAGGGUGUGGCGUGCAUGUGUCUCGGUGCCCAUGGAUGGGCUGCCACGCGUUGCCCUCUUGGGUGGCUUGUUUGGCUGUCAGUUGUGUUUCGGUAUUUGCCUCGCCCCUGGCGCUUUCGUGGUAGCUUUCCUCCUUUGUUGGGGCGGCUUGUGUCAGAUCAUACGGCUGCCCACGGGCUUCUCUUAGAUCGUAGGGACCGUGGUAGGCUGUUCGCGGGCUUGUCUCAGAUCAUACGGCCGCCCACGGGCUUGCGCCUCACUCUUCAGACCAAUCACACGGCCGCCGAUCGAUGGGCUUGCCUUAGAUCAUGCCGCCGCGGCGCCGGCGGGCUUGUCUCAUAUCAUACUGGGCGCAGCCGCCGGCGGGCUUGUCUCAUGUCAUACGGCUGCCCACAGGCUUGUCUCAGAUUAUGCGACUUCUCAUGGGUUUCUUUGCGUCAGAUUAUGCGGCCGCCCGCCUAAGGGCUUGCUGUUGCCGUUGCCUUCGAUCAUACGGCCGCCCAGGGGCUUGCCCCAGAUCAUAUGGCUGACCUACCACGGGCUUGCCUCCCUCCGGUCGUAUGGUCGUCCGCGGGCUCGUUUCGGGUCAUCCGUUCGGCCGUGGGCUUGCCUCAGAUCAUCCUUUCGCUUUGCCGCGGGUUUGUCUCAGGUCGUAUAGCUGUCUGCGGGCUUGUCUCUCUCAGAUCGUAGGACCGCCUGCGGGCUUGUCUCAGAUAAUUCAUACGCCCGCCCGUGGGCUUGUCUCUCUCAGGUCAGACACAUGACCGCUCGCGGGCUUGUCUCAGAUGGAUCACUCACACGCCCGCCCGCGGGACUUGUCUCCGAUCAUACGGCUGCCCGCGGGCUCGUCUCACGUCAUACGGCUGCCCGCGGGCUUGUCUCAGAUCAUACGGCUGCCCACGCGCUUGCCUCAGAUCAUGGCGCGGCUGUCCUUGGGCUUGUCUCAGACCGUACGGGCGUCCGCGGGCUUGUCGCAGAAGAUCACACGGCCGCCCGCGGGCUUGUCUCACACAUAUGGCCGCCCGCGGGUUCUUGCUUUUCUCAGAUCUUACGGCGGUUCCUUGGCUUGUCUCUCUCAGAUCAUACGCGGGGCGUCGGGCUCGGGGCCUUCCUAAGUAGAGCAAGACUGCCUGGACCGAAGCCGGCGGCGUCUAGGCCAUCGGCCCGGACCUAAACCUCCGGGACUGAGGCUUUCGGGAUCUAAAGCUAAGCCUUUGGGACCGAAGGCGUCGGGGCCUAGGCUGCUGGGGUCUAAGUAAGACAUGUGCCGGGGCCUGAGCCUUCGGCAUAUGAUAGGCCGUCGGGCUGCAACUGUAGCCUGCGGGGGUGUAGCGAAGGCCGUCGGGGCGUAUGCUGUCGGGGAGUAAGGAGGCUUUCGGGGUGUAGGCUGUCGGCUGUUUUUUUCCGGGGGGUUUAUUUUGUAAAUUUCGAGCGUCAAAAGCCUUGGCUUUUCGUUUUCAUUUUGUUCCCAGCGUAGCAGCUGUGUCAUUACUAAGGGAGGCCGCCACGCGCGCGGGGGAACCGCGGAAAAAGCUUGCCAAAAGGGCGGGCUUUCGGUGGAAGGAGCUCGAAACAAAACGAACCUGGAGGAGACGUCGCCGCCCAGAUGCGGCCAAACACCGCAGAAAAACUUGGGCUGCGCCGGGUUGUUUCGUUGGGUUUUUGCUGCAGGGGGUCGCGUCUUCACCGUCGGCCGCUCUUGCCCCGCGUGGUGGGCGCCUGCUCUGUUUUCGUGUUUUCGCUUUGGCUUUAGGCUUGGCUGUUUUUGUCUGCCUCUGCCGCAUGGUGUUUCGGGUGCCAGAUUUUUCGGUUUACUUGGGUGGCUUCUUUCUAUGGAUCGUGACCGACGGCACGGCGCUGACCCGCUUCGCCGGCGUGUGUUUGUCUGUUUGCUCUUGUAGUGCAUGGCACCCCGGCAGCGCUUUUAUUGCUUAUGAACCACAGCGGCGCGGACGGCGCUCGCGUGGUCCGGUGGUGUGUGUCUGCCCACCUGCUCUUGGCGCAUGGGGUUCCCGCAUGGGGCUUUUCGCUUCGUGUUUUUGCUUCAAAAUAUUUAUCUGUGACGGUGCGGCACCGCUUUGGUGCGUAGGGUUUUCUUGGAACUAAGUUCAACAGCUACAGACAGAGGCGCCCGCUUCGUUUAGUACAUGGCUUUCGUGCAAGUCUUUCUGUCCGCGUUGGUCGGGUUGUUCCUCCGGUGGGUGCGUGUGGCUCGUGCUUGCCCGCUCGACUCUGUGUUCUUGGACUUUUUUCCGGCCCCGGCCUUUUUGGUUUAACUUCGUUCCCGAAAGUUUUUGUUGGUUUCCAUGGGUCGUUUGCUUGUAGGCUACGGAGUGCGGCGGCGCCUUUCUUGAUGGUUUUCGUGCAGGCUGCAAAAACGGGCAGCUUUUUGGACCUUGGGCCAAGGUUCGGGACGUUCCGGCGCCUCUUCAGUCUGGUGUCUGUGGCUUUUCUGAAGUGCGUGGGAGAAACGCUGGGUGCCGCCGUGGGCGGAGUGGGCGCGUUGGCGAUACUGCGGCCGGCGACUGCCGUGCGCCGCUAGGCGGGCGCAGCUGCGCGCCAUCCGCCAGCUGCGCCCUCGCGAUCCGCCAGCCGCCAGCCGUUUGCUUAGUCGUGAUGAAUGUCAGCACGAGGCUAGUUGGGGUCACUGCCGUCGAGGCCGCGAGUGAUUCUCCCUCCUGUCUGUGGCGGGUUUCCUUGCUUUUUCUGACCCCGAGGCAAGGAGGGAGUGAGAUGAUUUCUAUGAAGGACUCUCGUCGACAUCUGUUUGUCGAGUGCGCCUAAGUCAUAAAUUGUGGAGUAUUUUUCUUUUUGUCAUCACUAGGCUAUGCCUGCAUCAAGGUUUAAUAUGCAAGUACUUCUUAGCCUUAGGGAUGAGUGAUCAUACAUUCGUGGCAUUGACGAUGGAGUCUUUAGAUUUAGUAGAGUUAUCCCAGAAUAUUAGAUUCUCUUCAUUCUCCUGGACAUUUUGCGACAUUCUUACAACAUCUUACAUUCUUCUGCAGAGAACAAUGACGCUAAACGCUGAGUUGCGCGACCGCAAAAACAAACACGUGUUUACGUUUUAUGCUCUCAAACCGGUAAACACAAAGUGCAAGCUCAAGGGAGAUCGCGAUGGAAAGUGCGUCGCAGAAACGUACCAGACUAGAUCGGGGGACGAGGAUAGUGCUUGCAAAAUUCUUCGCUGCAGACCCGAUUCCGAAGGAGAAGCAAUAGAAAUUAAGGCUAUGCAUUGCUUUCGCGAUACCACGUUUCUUUGUUUCUUCUGCACGCUUUCUUUCACUUUCUUGGUUCAUUCCUAAUGAUAAACUCAAUAUCGCUACAUUGAUUACACAAUAUUAAUGCGCCAGGCGAAGUUCGUUUGAAAAUACCAAGAGCUCUAAAAACACUUCGACUUCUGGCGCCGAUGGAUCCACCGGCAAUGCAGAGAAGGGAGACGAAGACGAAGCUAGUGCGGCCCUGGACACGGACUCCAAAGGCACGAAGGGGUGCUGCUAA